AUGUUUUUCAGAUUUUUUUUUAAUUUCCCAUUUAUUAACGACCUAAAUUAUGAUAAGUAUGUGACCAGCUGGAUAGAAACCAGAGAAAUCGUUGCAGAGAAGUCAAACUUAAUAAUGCUUUUUGAUAAAUAUAUUCCGGCUUGUUUGGAGAAUGUUAGAACGAGAUUUAAGAAAAUUACGCCGAUAGUUGAAACAUCUCAUCUUGCAAUGUUAUGUCAUCUUUUAGACUGUAUUUUAACACCACAAAAUACACCUGUAGAUUGUCCAAAAGAAUGGUAUGAAUUAUAUUUUGUAUUCUGUUGCGUUUGGGCGUUCGGAUCAGCAAUGUUUCAGGAACAGGCAACCGAUUAUAGAGUGGAGUUUACUAAAUGGUGGGGCAACGAAUUUAAAACUGUAAAAUUUCCUCCAGGUGGAACUAUUUUUGACUAUUUUAUAGACCACGAAACUAAACAAUUUGUUCCAUGGACAGAAAGUCUGGGCAGAUUUGAAUUAGAUCCAGAUGUACCAUUACAGGCAGUUUUAGUACACACUGCAGAAUCUAUAAGAGUUAGAUACUUCUUAGAUCUUCUACUCAAAAAACGGACACCAGUGAUGUUAGUAGGAAACGCAGGUUGUGGCAAGACGGUUUUGGUCAAUGAAAAAUUGGCCUCACUUUCCGAAAACUACGCAAUUACCAAUAUUCCUUUCAACUUUUACACUACAUCUGAAAUGCUGCAAAAAAUAUUAGAAAAGCCUCUGGAGAAAAAAGCGGGAAGAAAUUAUGGCCCCCCGGGAAGUAAGACAAUGAUUUAUUUUAUUGAUGACAUGAAUAUGCCUGAAGUGGAUGGAUAUGGAACUGUACAACCACAUACGUUGAUCAGGCAGCAUUUGGACUAUAGACAUUGGUAA